UACGGUAGUUGACGAGAAUUAUGACAAAUGGCGAAUGUCAACUUUCCAUGUAACAAGGAUGAAAGUAUAUGUCUGUCCUUCUCUGUCUCUUUAGGGUACGGUCACACUAUCACAUGCAUGCAAUAACUUUGUCAAUUUACACUUUGAUAAGAUCUAGUGAAUGUUUAGUGACUUUCUAGUAAUUUUCUAAAAAUUUCUGUUGUAACUGUAAAGUUACUAAAAUUCACUAUACUAUAUUCCAUUGAAGUGUGAACGGCCAAAUGUUUCUGCAUGCAUGAAAUACUGUAAAUGUACCCUUAUUUAGCAUUCAAAUGCAGUAUACCUCACCGAUCCCGAGUAUACUUGCGUCGUGUACCAUUGGAGUAAAAGAGACAGAAAUAUCUUUUGUUUCUUUUACUCCAAUGGUACACGACAGAAGUAUACUCGGGAUUGGUAAGGUAUACAAGUGCCUUUAAAGCAUAUUAAGGUGCUCUCACAACCUUUUUGGCUGCCUGCCUGCAGGUUCCCAUGGCAACGCCAGGGUGUGAGUGAGACAGAAAAUUUGAAUAUUCAAAUUUUCUGUCGUCAUAGUAACCUGCAGGCAGCCAAAAAGGUAUGAGAGCGCCUUUAAUUUCAAUUCAUUAAUUUAUUUGAAUUUUAAAUAUCCCGCCACGUGAACUUCUCCCACUAUGUUGUGUUUUUUGUGUAAAAACGUAACGAGUUAUAAAGAGAGAUAACAUACGUAACAAUCGUAUGUAACAAAAAUGUAGUGGUACCUUACCGUAGAUCUCCACUCAACUAGAGUUAGUUCUAAUUCAGAUUCCGUUCCGAAUAGGUUGCUUAUACUUAAGCUUAUUCCUAUCGGAUGUAUAUGUAUUUUCUAAGACUUUUAAUAAAUUUAGUAAAGGUUUCCUCUCGAGAUUAAUUGAUCAAUAAUUAGUUAAUAUCAAUUAAUCAUUAAUUGGUCUUUUAUUCUCGUUAGGUUUUUCCUCCGUUUCAAACGGUAUUUCAAUUGUUUUUAUUUAAACUUCCCGCUUUCUUCUUAAAGAAUUUAACUAAGGUUGAAUCCGCGAAUCAAAGUGCGAAAUUGGCGCUUGCGCGCUAAAUAUGCAAUUCAGCUCGUAACAUGGUUGUAACAUACACGCCUCUGAUGAGUGUUUUCUGAGGUAGUUGUGUAAAUAUACCCCAAUCCUUCUAAAUUCACUCUUUGUUUAUUCUAUGUCGAUGAUUGGAGGGGAACGUGGGGAAAUUGAAAGACAAAACAAAGCACAGGAAGGCACUUGCUGAACUUCCUUCAGAAUAACUGUAGGUGGCAAACGUCAGUGUCAGUGCCUUUGAAAAUGAUAAAAAGCACAUGAUAUUGACAGUUCAAGUGAAAGUGUUCUUCCAAACAAUUUUAAUACAAAAUAAGACUUUACUUUUUAACAAGUGUAACAACAAAUUGCCGCGAAAAUGUCAUCGCCAACACAAGUGUUAAGAAGCGUUGGUCCGAAACUAGUUCCAUUUUUAAAAAGUAUAUCAGUUUAUUUUGUGUUAAUGGCUGAACAACCUUCACUACUGACUGCCUGUUUCAAAUGUCUGCCAAUAAUUAGUCUAAUUGUUUUUGUUCUCCUACAUGGAAUGAGUCUCUCUAAAGAAUACACUUUUUCAAGGAGAAUUCUAACGGGUCUUGUGUUCAGUUGCAUCGGCGAUGCUUUACUUGUGUGGCCAAAUCUUUUCACCGCGGGAAUGGCAAUGUUCUCGAUUGCUCAAAUUAUGUACAUAAUUGCUUUUGGAUUUACGCCACUGAAUCCUUCGAUAGGUGCGGUUUUAUAUGCCGGUGGUGCUUUAGUCACUUAUAUUCUAAUGCCAGGAUUAAGUGGAAUUUUAGCUAUAGGAGUUCCAUUUUACAUAAUGCUAUUAUGUACAAUGGCUUGGCGAGCUAUUGCCAGGGUUCAAUUCUUUGAUGAAUUAUGGACUUGGACAAAAUUAUGCAGCUGUGUUGGUAGCAUUUGUUUUCUAAUGUCGGACACUUUACUAGGUUUCAAUUAUUUUUAUAGUCCAAUCCCCUAUUCUCGGAUUUCCAUCAUGUUGUCAUAUUACGCAGCUCAAUUAGGAAUAGCAUUGAGUGCCAUUGAAUCAAAAGACAAUAACAAGCCAAUUGAAGUAAAACGAUGAGCUGAUUAAGAUAUUUUCAUAAAAAAAAAAUAUAUUCUCAAAAAUGUGCAAUUUUUCCAUCCAUAGGAAAAAAUAUUUAUAUUUUACGAGUGAUGCCGAUGAUAUUCAAUUUAUAACCGAAACAAAUCGGUUUAUUCCCUGUACAAAAAUAGUUGUAGAUACAUAUAUGAAGAUAUAUAUUUUUUAGAAUUACUGUUAGACGUGAAUAAUAUUUCAGUUCUGAUUAUUAUUAUUAUUAUUACUAUCAUUACAUAUUAUUUAUAA